GGGCCGACGUGGCGCCAGCGCAGGCUCUGAUUGGUACGUGAAGCGACGUUCGAGGACCGCAGGGACGCAGGUGGCUGCAUUUGGGAUCCGAGACGCAAUGACAACAGACAACCAGGACGCGUCGGCGCUCGAGACGCUUGUCGCCGACGCCAACGCGGCGCUGCGUGGGCGGUCCGCGGCCGACAUCGUCGCCUGGGCCAUCGCAACCUUUGGUGACGGCGUCGUCUUGAGCUCCAGCUUUGGCGUGCAGUCGGCUCUGAUGCUGCACUUGGUGACACGCGCCAAGCCCAACGUACCGGUGGUCUGGGUCGACACGGGGUACCUCUUUCCCGAGACGUAUGCGUUUGCCAACGACCUCACGACGCGUCUGCGCCUCAACUUGCACAUUUCGCAGUCCAAGUUGUCGCCAGCACACAUGGAAGCGAUGCAUGGCAAGCUCUGGGAAGACGCCACAAUUGACGCCCACAAGCGGUAUGGCUACCUGCGCAAGGUGGAGCCCAUGGAGCACACACUCCGCGAGCUUGGCGCGACGGCGCUUCUCGUCGGUCUGCGUGCGCAACAGACCUCGCAUCGCCAGAGCCUCGACAUUGUGCAUCUCCACAACGGCCGAGUCAAAAUCUGUCCCAUCUUGCACUGGACCGACGCCGACGUGGACAAGUACAUGACGAAACACGGGCUGCCCUACCACCCGCUCAAGGCCCGCGGCUACGAAACCAUCGGAGACACGCACUCGAGCCGCCCUAUCGACGCGACGGCGUCAGGUCGCGACACGCGCUUCCGUGGAGUCGCCCAAGAGUGCGGGCUGCACAUGAACUGGUCUGGCCCCGUCAUCGAGCACGAGGCCCCGCUCGACACGAUCACGGUGUACUCCAAGCCCGACUGCAGCUACUGCCACGAGGCCAAGCGCGUCUUAUCGGAGGCCAAAUUGGCCUUCAAGGAGUACACGGUCGACGUCGACAUUUCGUAUACGCAUCUCUGUGACCGCGUUGGCCACGCCGUGCACACGGUGCCGCAGAUCUUUGUCAACGACACAUACGUGGGCGGCUGUACCGAGCUCAAAGCCUUUCUGGGCGUGUAAUAAAAGACGCCCACAAUGCGAGUUUGUACAUGG